CAGCCCGUGCACGGUCACUGUAUCCGCGAGGUUGCUCCAUUCGCGUUGCGAGGCAUGCUUACCUGCUUGACUGCGCUUGCCUAUACCUUGGGCCCACUUACAGUUGCUCUGAUCGUCAACACAACUGGUUUGUACACCAACCGAUGGUCAUACCACGCAGUCUUUUGCGCACAGUUCAGCUUCGCUGCUGUCGCUGCAAUCCUCGUGCCUUUAAUGCCUGAAUCACCAACUUGGCUGGUGUCCAAGGAUCGUCAGGAAGCAGCGCUGAAGGCACUUGCCGGACUUGGCUACAAGGGUCAGGCCGGCGAGAGGAGACUUGCGAACACCAACAACACCCUCGAGCGGGUUAGAAAGGAGACUGAAGAUGUCACUUAUCUGGAGAGCUUCCGCAAGUCGAACUUGCGACGAACCAUCAUCUCCAUCAUGCCACUCUCUAUACAAGCGCUUAGCGGUGUUGCCUUUACUUCACCUACUAUAUGCGGCUCGUUGGCUUCUCUACUGAGAUGUCUUUCAAGCUUCAGAUCGUCCAGCAGGUCCUGUCCCUCAUCGGCAACGUCAUGUCCUGGUACCUCGUUGACCGUGUCGGACGUCGCAACCCUACAAUCUGGGGACUCGUUGUACUCACCGUCACCUUGUUCGUUAUGGCUGUCUGUGCUGUUGCCGGAACAGUCUCUGCGCUGCGAGGAAGUUCAAAACAUACCAGACCGAUACACAGGCCAUGGGCGAAGCUGUCAAGGAGAAGGAGGGCAUGUAAAGCGCUAGGUUCAAUUCUUAUGCUCUGAAAUGCUGUCCUCGCCUCCAUAGUUUGCCGAUGAACGCCGUCGACAGACUACCUGCCUCUGUGCUGAGAACUUUACAGAAGUUUAAAACCGAACCGUCGACCUUUGUAACGUACGCCCUACUGUCAAACUGCC